CAAGGAUUUCUUGUGAAUCCCUGUUGAAUAUCACGUUUUAGCAAGAAAUAUUUAAACAAUGAAAGCAUGACUAAUCAUUGAAUACUAGGCAGACAAAAGCAUAGUAAAACUCCCUUUAAUAAAAAGAAAAAGAAAAAAAGAUAUAUCAUCUUGAAGACUACAACGAUAAACUCACAAAUAUACAUAAAUAUGAACACCAAAGCAUUUGUUUUUGACUCCUUUAUGUGAACUAAAACAGCCAGAAACAUGUUAUCUCCCCGCCAUCCUUAUGUGCGUAGAUGCGCAGGAGAGAGAAAAAAAAAUGUCGCGGAUAAUGGCAACUCUGGUCUUGUUGAAUGACCAUUAUGGCCUGAUGUAUGCAAUGAAUAGUCCGUAAUAGUCCUUGCUUCGAUAACUUCGUUUAUUCAUCAUCAUCGUCUCAUUAGCUUCGGUGAUAUUGAAUUUUAGAACGAGUAAUGUCUGUGAGAAGCGAAAAGGAACUUGGGUUAUGUAGUCGUAAUCAUUACCUUCAAGUAAUGUUUUUAGGUUUGAUUAAUCAGUGUGGGUGUGGAUAGGCCACUUUAUUGACAAAUGCUUUGCAAUUAGUUUCCGUGCAGUCAUCGUAACUCGAACCAUUUCCUUGCAAAGCGAUAAGUUAUCUUUCGCCAUAACACGCAUUAAUUCCCGGAUGGCUAAAUGGUAUCCUAAUUACCGUGUUUUCAGAUUACAUUCGAAGGCAUUCUUCAUACUCACGAUUGCAUGCUUUUCAGUGCAUUAAACCGUCGCAGCCCGUCAAUAAGAGUUCCCCGACUCUCCUUAUCUCUUGAAUAUACUACAAUAACACUCUCCUCCAGCCAAUAUUGAUAAUACGAUUAGAUAAAUCCAAAAAAGAAAAGAAAAAAAAGUCUCAAGUAACGGAAAUCCGAAUACAUUCUCCCGCGAGAAGCACAGCGACGGGCGGGAUCGUUGCGCAACCGACCGACAGGCAACAGAGGAGAGGCUUUAAUGUUUUGAAAAUGACUUGAGUCUCGAAGGGAAAUCCACGCCAUGUCACGCCGGGAAGACUCCAAGAGAGAGAGAAUCCGGGCAGAGGAAGAAGCCCUGAAUAAGCAGCUGCAAGAUGCGGGCUUGUACGAGGAGGGGAUGGGCCUGGAAGAGAAGAGGACCAUGCUGCAGUUGUUGGAGGAAUCUCGAGCCUCGGCCCAGCAGGAGGCAAAGGAACGUGAGCAUUGGAGGCAGCAAGAAGAACAGAUCUUAAAUGAAACCCUAAACAAGUCCUUUAAUGAUAAUCCUGAGGAGGAUCAGCAAAGUGCUAUUGGGUCCAGCAUACAAGACAAUGAAGAUAACUCACGGGACUCAGACGUGGUGGCCAUUCCGUCAGGCAGUGACAAGCAUGACGUUAGAAAUUCAGGUAAUACUUCAGAUUGUGGUUCAGUCACUCCCGAUCUGUCACCUCUCCGGCCAGGUUCACCAGAGCUCCUUGUACCCUCGCUUUCUCCCAGACAAGAACAACGUGCUGCUGAUAGGCCUUCAACCAGCAAGAGCAAGUCUAACAAUAUCACAGGGAAGGAAAAGACAAAGGGGAGCUCACAGAAUUCCGAUGAGGACUUAUUUUGUGAUUCUCAGAGUUCUGACCAGUUUGUGAAUAGGAGGAAACAUCAGGAAUGCAUUGUAACUGAAUCUCACGUGAAAGUGGACUCUAAAGCUUCACUGAGCAGCCCAGGGAGAAGGAGACCAGUGCAGCAGAAGCUAACUGUUGUCAGGACUGUGGAAAGGAGAACAUUCAUUGUAGAGGAAAGUAACUCAGAGCCUUUGGAAGCUCAGAGGUCCAUGAGAAGGUACAGUGUAGAAGAAGUGCCAUCAGAAAGUGAUAAAUCUGAGUCAAAAGUCAGUAGUUACUCUCAGCCAUUGUUCUCCAGUGGUGAAGAUAGUUCAAGAAAGCAGAGACACGUCUCUGAAGAUGAGGACGGCAUACAGCUGCUUUCACCAGUCAUUGGACAGAGGACAGUGUCAAGCAGAAGUGCACCAUCAUCAAGUGCCAAACAGAAUAAUCAGACUUUACAAGAUGCAGAGGUGUCAAAUUCUAUUGAAGCUGAGCCCGUUCGUCAAAUAGAUGCUGUGAUGUUGGGGGACAGUGAUGAUGACUUUGUGCUGCCAUCACCAAGUGUCUCUCAAAGCACCAACUCCAAUCAGGUUGAAAAGUUGUGCUCAACUCCUGAUGGUUGCGAGUCUCAGAAAACUCAAGAAGCUGGGAAGAGCAAACAUCCACCUCAGGAAAGACAAGCAAGUGAUGUCAGUGAUAAAACAGACCAUGGGAAGAAUGCUGAGGUUGAUUGUUCCAUAGACAGCCAGUCACCAAGGCAUAACCACAAGAAGGCAGCUGAUGGUGCUGGUAAUCACAAUAUGGAAAUAUCUGAUAGUGACGAUGAAGAUCACAGUUUCAAUUACCAAAAUGACAGGAAGAGGAAUGUGAAUGUCUUUUGUCCUCAAGAUAAUUCUGAUAUACCACUGAAGAGAAGGAGGAAAAUGACAGUGGAAGAUCGUAAAGUGAUUUAUUUCAAAUCUAGUGAGGAAACCUUAGAUGACUGCUUCAAACGGAUUCUCGGCAUGAUUAGUCAAGAUAUGGAGAGACUGGAACAAAAUCAGUCAAGUCUUAGUUACCGGUUGAAGUGGAUGCCACCUGUGGUUAUUGAUAAAAGAGUAAAGGACUCACUUGAUCGCCCAGGUGCACACAACAGGAGGAAAGCCGGGGGACCAGCAGCAGGAAGCAGUGAACGGGAAAUGCCACACAGGACAACACGAUAUAUCACGAGAACGAUGGAAAUUCAAGGAGAGGAAUCUCAGUACUCAGACGAUUCAUUGCCAGAUCUGUGCCACCUGGAAGAACAGAACUCGGUCCCACAAAACAAAAGAAUACUCAAGAGAAGGAGCUUACACCUGGGCCUAAGUCAGAAAAGAGCAAAGCUUGCCACUCUUCUUGAAAACAAGGAGAGUGAGAACUCCGAGAAGUUAGCAUGCGACUCGGAGGAAGAGUUUGAAAAUGAUUCUAUAUUUCCCGUGAAGAAUACACAAAGUUCAGAUGAAAGGUUUUCUCAUCAAAACAAAUCAAGCAAAGCCUCUCAAGAAGUUUCAUCUUCUAAGUCUGUAGAAAUGAGGAAUAAUGAAUGUGAUAGUGAGGAAGAGAAUAUGUGUAUUGUCAGUCAAGCAUCAGAUGAGGAAUGUACUGUUAUGGAGAAACCAGCACCUUCAGAGGGACAGAGACAAGAGACUGAGCAGCCAAGUGUUUUACAUAAAACACCAAAAGGUUCAAAAGGUAGCUCUGAGGUUGGAAAUCUGAAACGACCUUCAAGGAAAACAUUCAUGUUAUGUACUCCUGAAGAUGCUGGGGUCAAUAGAGACUGUGAUAGUGCAUCCUCUACCACUGUGCAAGCACAAGCACAGAGCGAGAUCAGGGAACAGAUACCUUAUUCAGAUGAACCAUCAACUAGUGGGAUACAGCUGAUGUCGGAAGUUAAAACCCCCAUGAGGUCUCGUGAAAGAGGGAAGGCAAAGCACACCUCCCUCAACUCGAGCAACAAGAGAAUGAAACCCCUGAACUUUGUCAGUUCAUCAAGAAAUGAUGAUGCAGGAAGUCAGCUGGACAAAGACGUGCAAGCAGGACCAAGCAGCAAUGUGGAUAUUUGUAUCUUGGAUGACAAUAGUUCGGCAACAACAACAACAAGUAGUCUGAGUUCGAGCAACCAGGCAGGCAGGUCAGGGACAGUAAGGCGAGAAAAAGGUGACCAACCACAGAUACGGCCUGCCCCUCUCAAGUUCAGGAAGACUAACUCAAGAGAGAAAGGUGCUGAAAAUCCAAGUAGGGGAGAAGAGGAAAAGGAGACUGAACAGAUUACAUCAAGUAUUGCAUUACAGAGACAGGUGCCAAAUGGCCAGUUCCUAGAGGAUGGCCGAGAUGAAGAGGAGGAGGAGGAAGACAGCAACAUGGUACCUUGUCCUCUGUGUGAAAAACAUUACCCGAUGAAGCAGAUUGAGAUCCACGCAUCAGAUUGUUUGGAGACGAAUGACCUGCAGCAGGAGCAGGUUGUUCCCUCAAGUAGUAGACAGAGCAAAAGGAAGGUAAUAAAGCCCACACAGGCAGCAGAAGAGGAAGAAGACAUGGAAAUAGAGGAGGUGAUGGAAAUGAGAGGCGAGAGUAUCCCCACAGUCGUAGGAAGAGCAAGAACACCCCCGGGGAAAGUGAGGUGCACAUACUGUAAGGUGGUCAUGAAGGAGGGGGAUGACUACCUCAUUCAUGUGCAAUCCUGUAUAGCUAAACAGCAGAUCAAGGACUCCAUUAUGUCUCCUAGCAGUGCUAAUACACCAGCGGGCAAGAGUGGAUUUAAACGAGUGGGGGGUUUGCAGAGCCAGGGAUUGAGGGGUCCAGGAGCAAGAGCAGGAAGCCUCUUCGACCAUUUAGAAGGUGGCUUGGUGUGUGUCCGAGGAGACAUCACAGCCCCAGAAUAUAGCAACAUCCAUACAGCCCUGGUUCAGAUCCUCAACUGUGUGGCUGUCAGGCCCCAUGGACUGUCAGAAGUCUUGGCAAAGAAAUAUCCCUAUAGUGAUUUGUAUAGUUCUCGGAGACAAAUUAAAAACUACAAUCGUUCAGUGGUGGAAGACAGACCCCGGCCGGGCACGAUUGGCAUUUGCCGUCCUAAAACCCCGUUCCGUGGGCCCAUCGUCGUUGAUGUCUUUGGACAGUUCUACAUGGGGAAAGAGAGAAACAGAAACCUCAUGAACAAAAGGUUGGCAAAGACGCUGCAGGACACGAACAACAGUAGCGAGAGAGAUCCAGAGCUCCUGGAAGGCCUGAUCGAGGACACAGCAGACAACAGAAUCAGAUGGUUCCGGGAAGCCUUGGAGCAGCUGGCCAAGCAGGUCAUGGAGGAAGACAUCAAGCACGUGGUCUUUCCCUACUGCAUCGGCUGUGGACUGGCGGGGGGGAACUGGGAGAGGAACUAUCAUCCUGCCAUCAAGAAAUUUGCCGAGAAAGUAAGAGCGCUCAAUGUGAAAGUGACCAUUGUACAAAAGACGGAGGAGCAAAAGACGGAUAGUGACAUUGCCGUAAUUGGAACAGUGAAGAAAUCUGGAGUUUCAGGCUCACCCAAAGGUUGUAGUGUAAAUACAAAAAAGAAAGUUAAUCUUCAACUCCAACUUAAUUCAUCGGUUUCAAGCAGCUCUGAAGAAUCGGAAGAAGAGUACGAGAUACCAACAUCACCCAGUAGGAAUUUCAUCCCAAUUAGUGAACAGACGGAUUCCCUCAUCGAUUACCACAACCAGUUCAACAAGAGAAUCCAAAGGCCUUUAGUUCCCGGAGCUGUCGGCCCGGGAGCGAAUAAAAGGGGACGCAAACGGAGAAGAAAAAGAACAAAAUCUUCAAAGAGAGGGACGAGCAAGAAGAUGAAAUCUUGAUGUUCUGAAUCUCACCGACUUGAAAGAAGGAUUUAAGAGUAAUUUCUUUUGAAACAAUGUGAUGAUGACACUAUUUUUCUAUACUUUCUUGAUAUACUAGUUGUUUAAAACAGUUGUGGUUGUAGUAUAACUUUUAUGUUGUUAGCUUACUUAUUUCUUAUUGUUAAUAUUAAAACCAGUCUUUUUGUAUGAAGUAAAUAAAUUAUAGAAAAAUGUA